AAGGAAAGUCUGGUAAGUUCUCAUAAAAAGACUAUCACUUGGUUUUAUUUAAUCAGUUCUCUUUUUUUCUGCUUAUUUAUGAACAGUUGGUAUUGAUUUGGGUACUACGUAAGUAUUAUGACACACAAAAAGCGCGUCAGAAAGAAGAUGACUAACAUCCACCUUAGCUAUUCUUGUGUUGGUGUUUGGCAAAACGAUCGUGUUGAAAUCAUUGCCAACGAUCAGGGUAACCGUACCACCCCCUCUUAUGUUGGUUUCACCGACACUGAACGUCUCAUUGGUGACGCUGCCAAGAACCAAGUCGCCAUGAACCCUUACAAUACCGUCUUUGACGCCAAGCGUUUGAUCGGUCGUCGCUUCAACGAACCCGAAGUUCAAUCUGACAUGAAGCACUGGCCUUUCAAGGUCAUUGAUAAGGAAGGCAAGCCUAUCAUCCAAGUUGAAUACAAGGGUGAGACCAAGACUUUCACUCCCGAAGAAAUCUCUUCCAUGGUUCUUAUCAAGAUGAAGGAAACUGCUGAAGCUUACCUCGGUGGUACCGUCAAGAAUGCCGUCAUCACUGUUCCUGCCUACUUCAAUGACAGUCAGCGUCAGGCCACCAAGGAUGCUGGUUUGAUUGCCGGUUUGAACGUUCAACGUAUCAUUAACGAACCCACUGCCGCCGCUAUUGCCUACGGUUUGGACAAGAAGGUUGAAGGUGAACGCAACGUUUUGAUCUUCGACUUGGGAGGUGGUACCUUCGAUGUUUCUCUCUUGACCAUUGAAGAUGGUAUCUUCGAAGUCAAGGCUACUGCUGGUGACACUCACUUGGGUGGUGAAGAUUUCGAUAACCGUCUUGUCAACCACUUCAUGCAAGAAUUCAAGCGCAAGUUCAAGAAGGACAUCUCCGGUAACGCCCGUGCUGUCCGUCGUCUUCGUACUGCUUGUGAACGUGCAAAGCGUACCUUGUCUUCUGCUGCUCAAACCACCAUCGAAAUCGACUCUCUCUUUGAAGGUGUUGACUUCUACACCUCUUUGACUCGUGCUCGUUUCGAAGAAUUGAACCAAGAUCUCUUCCGUAACACCAUGGAACCUGUCGAAAAGGUCCUUCGUGACUCCAAGAUUGACAAGUCUCAAGUUCACGAUAUUGUCCUUGUCGGUGGUUCCACUCGUAUUCCCAAGGUUCAAAAGUUGGUUUCUGACUUCUUCAACGGUAAGGAACCCAACAAGUCCAUCAACCCUGAUGAAGCCGUUGCCUAUGGUGCUGCUGUCCAAGCCGCCAUUCUUUCUGGUGACACUUCCGAAAAGACUCAAGACCUUCUUCUUUUGGACGUUGCUCCUCUUUCCCUCGGUAUUGAAACCGCUGGUGGUGUCAUGACUGCUCUUAUCAAGCGUAACACCACUGUUCCCACCAAGAAGUCCGAAAUCUUCUCUACCUACGCCGAUAACCAACCUGGUGUCCUCAUCCAAGUUUACGAAGGUGAACGUGCUCGUACCAAGGAUAACAACCUUCUCGGUAAGUUCGAACUUACUGGUAUUCCUCCUGCCCCUCGUGGUGUUCCUCAAAUCGAAGUUACUUUCGAUGUUGAUGCCAACGGUAUCUUGAACGUCUCUGCUCUUGACAAGACUACUGGUAAGUCCAACAAGAUCACCAUCACCAACGACAAGGGUCGUCUCUCCAAGGAAGAUAUCGAACGUAUGGUCAACGAAGCUGAAAAGUACAAGGCUGAAGAUGAGGCUGCUGCUGCCCGUAUCCAAGCCAAGAACGGUCUCGAAUCCUAUGCUUACAACCUCCGCAACACUCUUCAAGAUGAAAAGGUUGGCGGUGCUCUCCCUGCUGAAGAUAAGACCAAGCUUACCGCUGCUGUUGAUGAAGCUAUCAAGUGGCUCGAUGACUCUCAAGAAGCUUCCAAGGAAGAAUACGAAUCUAAGCAAAAGGAAUUGGAAGAAGUUGCCAACCCCAUCAUGAUGAAGUUCUAUCAACAAGCUGGUGGUGCCCCUGGUGCUGCUGGUGCUGCUCCCGGUGGCUUCCCCGGUGCUGCUCCUGGCGGUUUCCCUGGUGCUGGAAACAACGCUGAUGCCGACGGUCCUUCUAUCGAAGAAGUUGAUUAAAUUAUUUAAUAUUUUUCCUUUUCAUUCAUCAGGUUUUAUUGUAUCAUAGAAUUUAUAGUAAAAAAAAAAAGAAAGAGGGAAAACGACGAUUAGAAAACUUUUGAAUAAUCUAUACAUAUGCUUAAUAAAUUCAACUGUUUUGUACCAAAUCUACUA